GCAGACAACAUAGGAGGAUGUGCGCCAGUUAACUCCGUGUCAGAGUUUAUUCGUAGAGUUUAAUGUUUUUGUUCGGAGUCGUUUGAUUUGUUUAUCCGUAAUUGUACUUAUUUUUUCAAUAUCUUUACACAUCUUUACAAAGCGCCUCCUCAAACCGAUGUCCCAGCGGGGGUCGGAGGAGCCGCGGGGCUACGAGGUGCACCUCACUGUGUUCCACGGCUCCUCGCCCGCCGACGUGUCCCACGCCGGCCAGCUGUGGGGCUCCGUGGCGCUCCUCCCGCCGCUCGAGUCGCGCCUCAUCUCCGCAGACAUCAGCCAGCGGCUCCCGGUGGCCCGGAACUCCGGGAGCAAAACCUCCGCCGGGCCCGGGGCGACCCGUCCCGGGUCGCAGAGGAGAGGAGGAGUAGGAGGGCGGGAGGAGGACGAGGAGGAGGUGGAGGAGCGGAGGAGGAGGUCCGAGGCCAUGGCCGUGCGGAAAGAGGAGAUCUUGGGGUUGUUGUGGAGCCAGAGGGAGCGGAGGCUGAGGAGAGAGGAGGUUGGGAGGCCCGGGCUCAGGAACCAGGAGGCCCUGACCCCGCCCGGGCCUCGCGGGGCGGCGGCGGACAGGGAGGCGGUUCAGCUCCUCGAGUGACCGCUCCACACACACACACACACACACACACACACACACACACACACACACACACACACACACACACACACACACACACACACACACACACACACACACACACACACACACACACACACACACACACACACACACACACACACACACACACACACACACACACACACACACACACACACACACACACACACACUGCAAAGCUUGGUUUCAUUACAUCGUAUUUGUUCGGCCUAAUGUAGCCUGUGUUUACUGUCAGGGUCGGCCUGAAUUCAGACCCUUCAGACUUUAUAAUACAGAAGCCUGUAUUUACAGCUCUGUAUCGUUCAGGUUAUCAGCGGCUUCAUGGAAAUGAUGAGCACUGUCUUUAACAAGCCUAGCUUGUUAGAGCACGGUCCCUUACAAGCUAUGCUUGUUAGCCGGAGUUAAUAAACAACAUAUCUUCAACAUGA